ACUGGCGGCGCUUCGCCAUUGGCUCCCGAACCCUUUAGCAACGGAAGAUAAGCUUUUGAUAUCCAAGUCACCUUUUCCAGCGGGGAGGUGAUUCGAACAGCCAUGGCGCUCAUGGGGGACCCUGUGUCAAAUAUACAGGAUCGCAAGGACAAAGGAAUCUAUCCGCCUCCGUCUGCGGUGUCUCCGCGCUACUCUAGCAAAGCGUGGCCUCCAGAAUACGGUAGUGAUCAAGAAGACCAGGAGAAAGAAGACCUUGAAGACGAAGGGGAAGGCACAUCAUAUUUUUCCAGCAAAUGCCGUGGCGGAUACACAUUUGUGCCUGCUGGCGGUGAAGUAGAGGGUCCAGUUGAACGUACCGCGAGCAGAGAGAGGGAGAGCUACGAUGGUGUCGGUCGAGAUGACUUCCCUGUUAUGGAGCGAAAAGGCUGUAGCGUGCUUGCCGACUCAAGAGAGGCAUGGGUGCAGGAUGUAGAACAGCUGUAUUCAUUCGUUCUCUCCGAGCGACCGAUCCUCCCGCCCUCCAUAUCGCUACGUUUCACUUUCCACCGUGGUCCGCUAACGCCAGAGGACGGAGACUUAAUGGAGCUUCCAUUCGAUCAAAAGUCAACAGAAUUAUUCUCCUUCACCGUUCCAGUACACUUGCCUGCUCAGAGCAUCAACGUCAACACGAGAGGAGGGCAAAUUCUCAUUGAUGUGAACGCAUCUGUCUCCAAUAACAUGUCCAAAAGCAUUAUCGAUACCACCAGAAGUCAAAUCGUAACGGAAUUUGACGCCCUACCCCCCGGCUCACAGCUACGAGCAGUGCAAGACACCGUACCUUGUUACCGCUCUGCACCCUGGCUGAAAGGUGCGCUCAAGUACAGUGGCGCGCGGCAAUCGCACAAUGCGCGUACCAUCGAGUCGACAGAUGCAUCUGUGGGGAUACGCGCGUUGCUGGCAUCGGGCCGAGCAUCUGGUGCGAUGGAUAUCGAGACUGGUUUACCGAUCGUACAACCCGCCGCACAUGCAGCAGCAGCGCAGAUUGAAGAUGCUGCCGCCAACGGAAAUGGCAGAGGGGCUGGAAGGAGGCUCGCGAACGUUAAAGCGCCAAAGAAGAUCAUCGAAGAAUGGAAUGCUACGCGUGCCAAGGGCUUACGAGAACCAUGGCGCGGCCCUCCACUGCGCCCAAGUCGAGACGGUAGCUCCUGUGAUGACGACGCUCACUUACCGUCCAGUACAGAUGGAUUUCUAGAAGAUCCUCCCAAGAUUCGCAGCGCACUUUAUCGUUCACUCUCCGAUUUCAUUCGCGAGGAAGCGCACCUUGCAAGUGCCAAGAUAAUGCUCUUUGAGCACCUACCAUACGGCUGGGAUCUCGAUGCGCUUUCCAAAUCCGUCCAAACACUCAUCAAUACCGCAAAUGCCCCCGGUACUGUUCCGCCGACCUCCGCCGCGCCUCUACAUCCUCGCAUAGCCAGAGUGCGAAUCACCUACGAGCGUAUUCCGCCUUGGCUGGAUCUACAAGUUCGUCAUACACGCGAGUGGCUGCCCUUUUGGGGAGGCGGUCUGCCGGUCAAUGCAGGCGUCAGCUUAGCGGGAGCGCAAAGCUGGGUCAUGGCGUGCUUCGCGGCUGCAUUUGCGGGUGGGAUCUUUGCGCUCGUUUCAUUUGGCUCAUCAUCGCCAUCGUGGCAUGGGAACUCUCCAAGCCCAGGUGCACCAUCCCAGAUGGCGAGCAGUGCUGGCAACAUCAAUGCCACACUAGCAUGGACUGCCUUACUCCUGGCGAUCGUCAGCGGCGCCAUCGGUGUGUACACAAUGAUCCAGAUAGCGCACGUAAGGGCGAGCGAUACGAUCUUGAUGGCCCAUGCGCUCAAGUCCUGGCGGCAUACGGGCUUACCAGCCUCAUACAGUCGGAAUGAGGUCGUCCGUGAGAUGCAAGAGCGGCACGCAAGCGCAGUUGAUGCGCGCAGCGCAGGUGACGAGCGUGGGAAUAUUGCCCCGCUGACCCUGGCUCGCCGUCCAGAUGGGUGGUACGUCCUCGCUGCCGGGCUACGCGAAGGUGACUGGCUUGGCGCGCACAAGGAUUGGCUACUUGAAGCAGUGCGUCUCAAGAAAAGUGGCGAUCUCAGCGCUGAUUUCCUGGAGAAUAGUAGAGACGGGCCGGGUGCUUUCGAGCGGGCAGAUGAGCAAUUGGCGCAAAUGACUGAAGUCAGGGAAGACACUUGGACUGGCUUGUGAGCCUAUUGCGCUCAUAUAGAUUAUGAUCUGUUGUACACGUGUGACUGAGGAGCAGGGCUGUAAUAUUGUCACGAGUUAAUGGGCG